AUGGACACACGGAGCAUGGCGGUGGAGUUUGACACUCUGCAGAACAAGGAGCAUGGCGACAUGAGCAGCCACCAUGUCGGGCUGAACGUUCGAGGCGAAGACAGAUCGCUAGUCGCUGUGAGGUCACCCUUCCGUCUGAGCAACAGGAAGGCGUACACGGCGUGGGUGGACUAUGAGCCAGGAGACCCCGGCACCAUCCAGGUCUUCCUGGCUGACUCGCAGGAGAAGCCGCAGCAAGCGGUGCUGGAGUGGAGGCUGGCGCUGUGUGAGGUGCUGCAGGGUGCAGUUGAUCAGCCCGCCUUCUUCUUUGGCUUCGUGGCGUCCACCACUGUGAAGCCGUUUCAGCGGCACGUCAUUCUUGAAUCGACAGUGGAUACAGGCCUUCCUGCUUCUCCCCGAACAGUCACACGUAAUCCAGCCUAUGGCCUGCAGCUAUCAACGAACACAUACAUGCCAGAACGGGCCAGCCCCUUCCCGCGCUAUGUGAGUGCGGACUACCGUGUUGCGCCCAGCAAGCAGGACUCGUGGGUCAUCAGCGACUUCCACUCCUGGGACUCCGUGCCCUUCCUCGGCUGGCCCGUCAAGGACCAAAGAGACUGCAGUGCUUGUUGGGCGUUUGCGCUGGUGGCGAGUGUGGAAGCGGCAUACGGCAUUGCCUUGAAUGCACAGGCACCGCAGCUGUCAGUGGAGUCACUCUUUGCAGCCAUGGGGCUCACCUCCGAAGCUGACAAGUGCAGCACGGGGGGCUCCCCCACCGAGGCGUUGGAAAGGCUUCUCAUGCUGCCUCACGGUGGAGUCAUAGAGAAAAAGAAGUACCCUGUUCAUGGCUUUGAGCGCACAAGGUUCAAGGAGUUUGUGGGGCUCAUGCUGGCAGUGCGUCGACAGCCAGUGGUGGUUCACAUUGAGGCUUCUGCUCUGAGUUUUGCACAAUAUGACGGGACCUUCAAGUACCAGGAUCCUGGUUGCUACACCGGCAGACUGAACCACGUUGUACUCGUUAUUGGAUACUUCAUCUUGAGAAAUGACGGCAGCCAAAAUCGCAUAGCGCCUCCAUUUUGGAUCAUCCGCAACUCGUGGGGAGUGGAGUGGGGUGACCGGGGCCACAUGCGCAUGGACAUUCAGGGAGGGGAUGGCGUGUGUGGCAUCAACGUGCUGCCUGGCAUCUACCCCAUUGUCAAGAUGGAUGUGUGUGGGUCUGACUUGAAGAACCCAUGCUACGUGGGCGCGUGCAUCAACGACGGCAAGGGCUCCUACUCCUGCAUCUGCCCCCCCAACUACGUUGAAAGCAUAAUCAUCGAUAGCUUCCCCACCUGCGACCCAGCCAACGUCACAGCCAGCACCCUGGCCGUGAGUGGGAGCAACUGGUGGUGCCCCGCUGUCCUCUCUAUUGUGGGCCUCUCACUUCCCCAAUUCACACAGCGGAAUCAGGGCAUUGACUGCAAUCAGGCUUUGCCUCGUAACAUGGUGCUUCAGCUGGGAAAUCCUCUCCUCGUUCCCUGCACUGCGUUCUUCUACACCCUCAGUGGCGACACAUGCUGGUCCAUCAGUGCUCAGCUGUUCCUCACCACCAGCAACCUCACGGCACUCAAUCCCGGCCUUGACUGCUCUGAGCCCAUCAAGGCGGGCCGCUCUCUGUGCGUCGAGCGCAACGCCACCUUCGCCUUCACUGUGCCUCGGUGCCUACGUUACGGCGUGCUUACAGCACAGGACACAUGUGAACGCCUGCUGCUAGAGGCGGGGAGUGAGGACGACCCAACGGGGGCUGGGAACGUGAACGCUGUGCGCUGGGCUGAGCUGUACCGCAACAAUCCCGGCCUCAUCUGCUCGAGUGUCAUCCCGGUCUCCGCCUCUGCUGUUGGCAGCAACACUGGCGUGCAGGUGAGAGGUGGAGGUGAACUGGGUUGGGGGCGCAAGAGAUGGGAGGGAAAUGGAGGGAAGAUUGGUGGAUGGACCAAACGUAUACUUGAUGGAUGUUGGGGCAAGGAGUCAUUUCUCAUAUGCCAGCGUGGUGUUUUUUCCAACUAUUUGCCCUUGAUUGCCCGUUGA